AGUUUACAAAAAUUACGUUGAAAAGUGAGAAUCUAAACAAAAUGAGUGAUGAAUAAUGACUGAGCCAAAACUCACAGGAUUUUCAAAAAUCAGGCCCCUGGGGACCUCAUUCCGAGUACCUUCAAGAUCUGCAGAAGACAGGUUAGGGUUGGAGCUGAAUCCCUGUCUGCUGUACGGUCUAGAGACACCAAGAAAAAAGUUGAGGGGAGAAGGAAGGGAAUCGAUCAGUAAAUCUGAUGAGUGGAGAGUGGAAGAAACUGUUGAUAGUUGGGUUGAGACUGAGCACCGUGGCGUGAUGCAGACCCUUGACCGGCGCAUAUCAGCUAGCUCGGACCAACUGGAUACACUACGCCGAGAACGUCGAGCUGCAGCUAGGCCUGUCAGAACCAGAUCCAGCUAUAGACAUCUAGAUAUACCAGACAAAACUAGGCAUCUAGAUAUACCAGACAAAACUAGACAUCUAGAUAUACCAGACAAAACUAAGCACAGUAAGACCCCGUUUGAAAUGUUCCUAGAGGAUGAUGGACCCUACUCAAGAAAACUCUAUGGACCUGUUCAGGUAUAA